AAUAGGUAAAGGGGCACUGUACCAACAAAGUUCAUGCAAAGAAAAAAAAAAGCAAAGAACAAGAACAUAAUUUCUGGGAUUCUUUUCACCUCAUUUCCAAACCCAAAAGGCAGCAAAAGGCUAGUGAGAGAGAGAGAGCAUCACCGGAGGAGGAGAGAGCGCGGCGACACCGGCAGAGCGCGAGAUGCGAGGUGAGGCCGGCCGGAGAGGGCGAUGAGCAGCGCCGGAGGAACCGCCUCCACCACCUCCACCUACGCGGAGAGCGUCGCCUCCUGCCCCGCCCCCACCCACCUCAUGUCCCGGGCGCCUCCGCCUCCGCCGCCGCCGGCGCAUGCCGCUGUGAGGCGGCAGCUCGACUUCGCCGGCGGCGGCGAGCUCGAUGACGACGAGGACGACGACUUCCUCUUCCGCGCUGCGGAGGAGACGGAGCGGAGGCACUUCGAGGCCAAGCGCCGCGCUCCCGCACCGCCGCCGCCCGAGGCCCCGGCUUUCCUCGAGAGGCAGUGCAUCUGCGGCCGCGGAGCCUGCAUUGUGGAGGAGAGGGAGUCGCGGCGGUGGGUGUACGUCUGCCCGUCGACGCCGAAAUGCAGAUAUUCUGUUUGGUGUGAAGAAGCUGAUCUUUGUCCAAAUCCACAGCCUGCUUUUAUAAGCCUUCCUAAGCCAUAUCCCCGCGUUUUUAACAGCCCAUGUAGUCCUGGUGUGUUUAACAGUCGUAGUAAUCAAUUAGCUGGUGCUACAACUCCUACACCAAGCAAUCAUCAUAUUUUUAACAGAUCAUGUAGUCCUGGUGUGUUUAAAAGUCCUAGCAAUCAUUUAGCUGGUGCUACAACUCCUACACCAAGCAAUCCCCAAGAUUUUAAUGGUCCAAGAAACCCUCAUGUAUUCAACUAUCCUAGAAAUUCUCGUGUAUCUAACAGUCCAAGUAAUCAUCAAGCUGGUGCUACACCUCCAGUUAAUGCUAGAUCGAUUAAUAAACCAACUUGCUAUUGUGGGGCUGGAAAAUGCAUCAAGACAUCAAUAAAAGGGCAAAAGUACUAUGUGUGUUGUAUAAAGAAGGGACACGGUGCAUGCUCUUACUGCGUCCUGGUCGAUGGUUUUGUAGAAGAAUCACCACAAACUAGAAACGACAAUCAGGUGGACGAUAACCAUGGGAGGCACAGUCCAGUUAAAGUGGAAGGAAACAAUGAAAAUGGACCAACCAAUCCUGAUCAGCAUGAAUAUGAUGAGUGGCCGUUUGACAUCAUCAACAACGAUGUUGUAUGCAAUGGUUUUAUGGUAACUACUGAGCCUACACUGCGAGAUGGUAUAGUUGCCGGGAAAUCGUCGAGUACACGGCAUGAACCAAAUGCUACGGUUGAAGUGAAAACACCAACAGAAUCACCCAUGCCGCCAUCUCAUGGUAGCGGCUGCUGCUUCCGAUGUGGCGAAGACGGACACUGGUCCCCGAACUGCCCUAAGCCAGCUUCAAGUCCACUGAACUCACCUUGUUUUCACUGUGGCAAGCUUGGGCACUGGAGGAGUAAUUGCCCUGCGCUGCAUGACACAAGAGGAUAUUAAGACGGCAUAUGAUGGUCUCUUUUGGCUGUAAUGCAGGGAACCAUAAGAAGCUAGGUCUCUGGAUCAAUGGCCUUGCCUACUGAUUGACUUUGACAAUGGCUGUCAUGUAAACAGGUUUAGGGUUUAGGGUUUAGACUACAGCAUUGGACACCUGGCAAUGCUUGUGUUGUCUGUCAGCAAGAGGUGUGGGCUCCAACUAUGUUUUGUGUAUAUUAUGAUCUGCUUGGUUAACUACUUGUGACAAUCAGUGGCCCAGUAUUAAUUUAGGUCGUAUUUAAGUAUGGAUUAUGUAUUUAUGUUGUCUAUAAAGCAUUAUGUAUCUAUAUAUACUUGUAUGGAAACUUAUUUGUUUAAU